UGGAUGCUAGCAAUUAUUGAUGUAUUGCGUGAAACAUGUUAUUGGCUUGACUCAAUUGGAUUACCCCCGCCUAAUAAAAUUAAAUCUCUAAUGGCAAUGACUUUUGAUUACUACAAUGCUUCCACUAAUAGGCAGCCAAAAAAGUCUGGCAUUACAUGGAAAUCUAUAAAAUGUCCUCAACAAAUAUCGGAUUUUGAGUGUGGAUAUUAUGUAAUGAGAUACAUGCGUGAAUUUUGCAUGAAUUCUAGACCUAUCAAUUGGCUAACCACUCAAUGGAAUGGGAAAAAAACUUAUACAAAACAAGAAAUUGAUGAAAUUCGUUUGGAAUGGGCUGACCAAUUUUUAGAAGAAAUUACAGAAGAUGGAGUGCUUUAAUUGAGUGAUCACAAUAAAAGAAACAUUGUUAUUGUGUUAUGCAAACCUUUCAGUUUAUUAAUUUGUUUUAAGGUAGUAAGUGUUUUUUUUUCCCUAAGAUGCUUUUAUCUAUGUUGGUUUCUUUGAAAUUUUUACUGAAGCUUAUUAGAGGGUCCAUCUAGUAUCUUUGUUUCAACAAAAUUAUAUAUAUCCUAUAUGACUUAUGUAGUUGUUUAUUACAUUAUUUUUCUUUCAAUUUUUUGUGGCGUUUAUAAUUUUUUAAAUUUAGUUUAUCUUAUUCAUUUAUUAUAAAUUUAAUUAUUUCUUUUUACCUUUCUUUAAUAUUACAACAAAAUAUAAUUUAUAUACAUAUUGUUUUUUAAGAAAAUAUAGAUUAUUUUUUUUAAUUUGGAGCACAAGUACAGAUUUAAUUAUGUUUUUAUGUUUACUAUUCUUACAUAUAUAUUAUAUUAUAUUCUACAUUUAUUAAUUAGUAAUACAUAAAACACUUUAACUAGAAAUAUUUAUUUGCUAGUGUAAAAAUAUGAUAUAAUUUAGUAGCAAUAA